UUUGAAAGUGCCCCGUCCAGCCUGGCCGGAAAGGCUGUCCGCGUGUGGGGUGUAUGGCUGCCUUCACCAUGGAGCUGCCGCUGACUCCCUCCGUGGGUGCUGAGCCAAUGACGCUUGGUUCGCCUACUUCUCCAAAGCCAAGUGCUGGUGCUCAAUUCCUUCCGGGAUUUUUGAUGGGUGACUUACCAACUCCAGUGACACCACAGCCUCGAUCUUCAGCUGGGAUAAUGGAAAUGAGAUCUCCUUUGCUUGCUGGUGGAUCUCCUCCACAGCCAGUAGUUCCAACACACAAAGAUAAAGGGGGUGCUCCACCAGUUAGAAGUAUAUAUGAUGAAGUAGCUAGCCCAGGUCUUGGAUCCACACCUUUAACUUCAAAAAGGCCUGCCGGCUUCUCAGUAACGCAGAGUCCAGCAGCUGGAUCUAUGCCAACAACUCCUGGCACAGGUGUGUUCAGUCCAGCAAGUCUUGCACAACCCAGGAAGACGACAAUGUCUCCAGCUCAGCUAGAUCCAUUCUACACCCAGGGGGAUGCCUUAACAUCAGAGGAUCAUCUUGAUGACACCUGGGUAACUGUGUUCGGGUUUCCUCAAGGAUCUGCUUCAUAUAUCCUGCUACAGUUUGCACAGUAUGGAAACAUAUUGAAGCAUGUGAUGUCUAACACGGGAAACUGGAUGCAUAUCCAUUACCAGUCAAAAUUGCAGGCCCGGAAAGCCUUGAGCAAAGAUGGAAGAAUUUUUGGAGAAUCUAUCAUGAUUGGAGUGAAACCUUGUAUAGAUAAAAGUGUGAUGGAAAAUAUAGACAGAAGUUAUGCGUCAUCCCCUUGUUCCUCCUUCACGCCACCAAUGAAAACGCUAGGUACCCCCGUGCAGCCUUCAAGUGCUCAAAGGAUUUCUACAAUGAGACCUCUUGCCACGGCCUAUAAAGCUUCAACUAGUGACUAUCAGGUGGUUUCUGACAGACAGACUCCUAGGAAAGAUGAAAGCAUCGUGUCCAAAGCUAUGGAGUACAUGUUUGGCUGGUAGUAAGAAACACUAGAGUCCACUUUGCUGGAGGAUGUAACAGGACUACUGGUUGGCUGUAUAACUGUUCAUGGCAGCAUUUCAGAUGUCCUGCCUUUGAAAAAGGAACUUGGCACACAUGUGUUUUGCACUUUAAAGAGCAGCUGGGUGUACACCACUUUUAAGCUGUUCAACCAUUGCGACUAGUGUUUGUCUUGUCUUUAGCCAUGAUUGCAUGACUCAAGUGAGAACUGGCUUACACAUCACACACGAGUCUUGCUUUCAAAACAUUGUCAUGUAUUUCAUAGUUGCCUGGUGGCACGAUUGUCUUCUCCUGAAAAUAUGGUAUUCUUUGCUGCAGCCUUAAGUCAAUAUUGGUUAUUGUGUAAAGAGACACAGAUAGGCUUUACCAAUUUUAAAUGAAAUAUUUUAGUUUGAAUACUUUUCCAUACGUUGAUCAGUGUUCAUAUAAACUCUGGUAGGUUUAUUCUAAAUCAUCAGGUG